AUGAGCGAACUCCAAAGAUCCUUUGCCAAACCCAAAUUGGCCAGAUCGCUCUCAGAGGUAUUAAUGGCAGAACAGGUUGGUGUACUGAAUGAGAGCCCAGAUGAGGAUAGCUCUUCGACCUCCUCAUUAUCAUCCACGGGUACAUUAGUUCCGUCGCCAACGAGACAUCUUUUCGCCCGAACCAGAAAUAUACAACCAAGCCAAUCCCUACAAUGGACAGACUUCUUUGAGCAAGACCUAUUCUUGACUCAAGAACUGCAGAAUCUGCAUAUCAUCCAUCAUGUCUACCUUACCUCGCCAAAUCCUUCAGGUCCACUCUUCGUGAUGCAUCACGGUGCAGGCUCCUCCGGCCUCUCGUUCGCAACAUGCGCAGGGGAGAUCCGGAAAAUCCUCCCGAAGGCUGGCGUCCUAUCCAUUGAUGCAAGAGGUCAUGGUCGUACAAUGAUGAUCUCCAAUCCGGGAGAUUCUCAUACGGAACACCCCUCUAUCGCGACAGCUGCGGAAGCUGAGGCCGCAAGUCAGAUUGAACUAGAUUUGAGACUUGAAACAUUAAGCCGGGACCUCGUCUAUGUGAUUCGCAAGACCCAGGAGCGAAUGAGAUGGGAAACAUUACCAGAAAUCGUCCUUGUUGGUCACAGCCUGGGUGGAGCUGUUAUUACCGAUGUCGCUAAAAAUGGCGAGCUGGGUCUGAGUGUCCUGGCUCAUGCGGUAUUAGACGUAGUUGAGGGCUCUGCCAUGGAUGCACUGCAAAGCAUGGAAAAAUACCUUUCGACCCGACCGACCCGCUUUCCAUCCCUAGAAUCGGGAGUUGAAUGGCACACACGAUCCCGUACAAUCCGAAACACCACCUCUGCUCGGGCUUCUGUUCCUUCUUUAAUAUAUGAAGAAGUUCAACCAACCGAUCCCUCUCGUCCUUGGGUCUGGCGCACCAAUCUAUCUGCAACCAAACCAUUUUGGGAAAAUUGGUUUAUUGGCCUGAGUAGGAAGUUUCUCGAGGCGAGGGGUGGAAAACUCUUGCUCUUGGCAGGGACAGAUAGGCUGGACAAAGAACUAAUGAUUGGUCAGAUGCAAGGUAUUUUUCACUCAUCUAUGCCUUUGUGCAAAGUUAACGCUCAAUUCCUUGAACAGGAAAAUAUCAACUCCAAGUUUUUCCGGACGCAGGCCACUUUUUGCAAGAAGAUCAACCCACGAAGACAGCACAGGUCCUGGCAGACUUUUAUAAACGCAACGAUCGCAGUGCGUUAG